AUGGGCCUAAGUGAAUUUCAAACUCCACUUGUUAUAUUUUGGUUUUUGGUUUCAUUUUCUAAUCAAGUUUUAUCUCUCUUUUUUAACUUUAGCACAAUGGGACUAAGAAACACUCUCGUUGUGAUGGCCCUCCUGCUGUCUGGUGCUGCUUCCUUGGAAAGUCAGGCAUUUUUCAACGAGACUGGAGACCUGCCAUGCCACUUUCCAAACUCUCAAAACCUAAGCCUGGAUAAACUGGUGAUAUUUUGGCAGGACCAGGAUAAGUUGGUUCUCUAUGAGCUGUACAGAGGCCAAGAGAAGCCUCACAAUGUUCAUCCCAAGUAUAUAGGCCGCACGAGCUUUGACCAGGACAGUUGGACACUGCGACUCCACAACGUUCAGAUCAAGGACAAGGGCUUGUAUCAAUGUUUCAUCCAUUAUAAAGGACCCCAAGGACUGGUUCCCCUCUACCAGAUGAGUUCUGACCUGUCAGUGCUGGCUAACUUCAGUCAACCAGAAAUAAAUCUAAUUUCUAAUCAAACAGAAAAUUCUAACAUCAUAAAUUUGACCUGCUCAUCUACACAAGGUUACCCAGAACCUCAGAGGAUGUAUAUAUUGCUAAAAACUAAGAAUUCAACUACUGAGCAUGACGCUGUCAUGAAGAAAUCUCAAAAUAAUAUCACAGAACUGUACAACGUUUCUAUCAGCAUGUCUCUUUCCAUCCCUCCUGAAACAAACGUGAGCAUCUUCUGUGUCUUGCAACUUGAGCCAACGAAGACACUGCUUUUCUCGCCACCUUGCAAUAUAGAUGCAAAGCCACCUGUGCCAAGUCCCCCUGUCCCAGACCACAUCCUCUGGAUUGCAGCUCUACUUGUAACAUUGGUCGUUGUGUGUGGGAUGGUGUUCUUUCUAACACUAAAGAAAAGGAAGAAGAAGCAGCCUGGCCCCUCUAAAGAAUGUGAAACCAUCAAAGCAGAGGGGAAAGAGAGUGAACAGACCGAGAAAAGAGUAGAACUCCAAGAACCUGAAAGAUCUGAUGAAGCCCAGUGUGAUAUUAACAUUUCAAAGACAGCCUCAGGCAACAAAAGUGCUACACAUUUUUAAUUAAAGAGUAAAUGCCAUA